ACGCAGGCGCGUCGUCGCCCAUGGAUUCAAGAUGGCGGACACGGUGUCCAGCGGCUCGGGCACGUAGCAGCCAAGUGCUACCCUCAUGUACAAGACACUGGCCCUAACUCCAGGAGCCUACAAUCUGAGAAGACAAGCAAACUGAAGGAGAGACUCGUGGUUUAUUUUAUAUUUGUUAAGUCAAGGCAGAGCUGGAGGCCUGGCUCCUAGUAUCCUGCUGUAAACACUACACCGCACUGCUUUGUUAAAGUUCCACUUGCAACAUGCUCACAGUUCUGCCCCCGAGCACUCCAAAUUGUUCCAGUGCUAGAUCAGGAGGCAAACACUCAACAACGCCUGCAGAUAAUUAUUACUUGGCUCGGAGAAGGACUUUGCAGGUUGUGGUCAGCUCCUUGCUGACAGAGGCUGGGUUUGAGAGUGCCGAAAAGGCAGCGGUGGAAACCCUGACAGAGAUGUUACAGAGCUAUGUGUCAGAAAUCGGAAGGAGCGCCAAGUCCUACUGUGAGCAUACAGCAAGAACUCAGCCGACCCUUUCGGAUAUUGUUGUUACCUUAGUCGAAAUGGGGUUCAAUGUAGAAACUCUCCCUGCAUAUGCCAAGCGCUCCCAGCGGAUGGUCAUCACUGCACCGCCUGUGACAAAUCAGCCAGUGACUCCCAAAGCCCUGACAGCGGGACAGAACAAACCCCAUCCAUCCCACAUCCCCGGACAUUUUCCUGAGUUCCCGGAUCCUCACACCUACAUCAAAACUCCGACGUACCGGGAGCCAGUUUCAGAUUACCAGAUACUACGGGAAAAGGCAGCGUCGCAGAGGCGUGAUGUGGAAAGAGCUCUGACUCGCUUCAUGGCAAAGACGGGAGAGACGCAGAGUCUCUUCAAGGAUGAUGUCAGCACGUUCCCAUUGAUUGCUGCCAGACCUUUCACAAUACCGUACCUGACUGCUCUUCUCCCCUCUGAGCUGGAGAUGCAGCAGAUGGAGGAAACGGAUUCAUCCGAGCAAGAUGAUCAGACGGACACGGAAAACCUCCCCCUCCACAUGAGCACGGAUGAUUCGGGAGCUGAGAAAGAGAAUGCUUCAGUGCUACAGCAAAAUGCAUCCCUGUCCGGCAGCCGCAACGGAGAGGAGAGCCUAAUAGACAAUCCCUACCUCCGGCCAGUGAAAAAACCCAAGAUCCGCAGGAAGAAGUGAGCUGCAGCAAGCUGACUGCAUGGAGGAAGAGGAGGCCCGCUGGCUGUCCCACGGAGGUUUCCUUUGCUGCUAUGAGUGGCACAGGACAAAGAGGGGAGAUGCUGCUGGUUGAGUGGCUGAAGCAGAAGAAUGACCUCCUGUACAUACCAAACUACACUUCUCCUCCCCCAUCUUCCCCCUCCCCCCCAUCUCCCACUGGCUUGGCACGGUCAGUAGGGAAGGGGCAUGGAAGCCACCAGUCCUCACACUGGAAUCAGCCCAUCUACUCCAGAGAACACCUAGCUGCAGCUGUGACAUUCCCCCUCUUCAUGGGAUGGAUUCGUCCUGUAAGGAGGAGGCACGCAGAAGGGUUUUCACUGCUUAACGUUUCCCAGUGGACUGUGUAGAAUGCAAGAAUCGAUGUGCUUCCACAGGCUGGUGGAGUCCUCAUCUAGACUCAAAGAAAGACUUGUCCAUUCCGCUCUGCCUGUCUGCAUUGGUGUGCCCAGGAUUCACACCAUGGUCCCUUGUUGACUGUGAUCUCUAUUUGAACCAGGGAUUGGCUUGGGCUGCUGCACAAAGCUCCAUAUCUUAAACUUCCCUAGAGUUUGAGGUUGUCCAGAGCUAGAGGUCCUGCCAUGAAAUCUAGACCCAGAUCCAAAGUUGCUGAAUAUUCAGAGUUGCUGGUGUUUUGGUUUGGCCUAAAUCCCCUUGUUCAGGAGCAAUGGGCAGGGUUAUGCAUGUGUAUCAGGGUCAUGAGGGAGACUGCCCAAGUAUGCCACUUAUUCUAGUGUUUAAAUGUGGAGUUGCAGAAAAUGUUCACACUAUUUUUUAAAGUGCAUUUAUAGUGAGAAAAUUAACUGUGGUCCCCUUCUUACUCAACAGAUCUGUCAGAAUGGUUCCCUCUUAAUCAAUAGAUCAGCUUCUUGUGUGUCUUUGUCUUAUUCGUGCAUUUUUCUGGCAAAAGUCCAAGAUUUUAUGCCUGUUAACCAUAGGGCUGGAUUUCUCUCUGCUUUGCACAGCAUCCGCUAAAUUCACUGUGCAGAGGCUUUAUUUGUGAGGAGAGUGUCCAGUAAGAGGCAGAAGAAUCCCUGGUGCGUUUUCAGUUCUCAAACUUUGUUUAUAAUGUUGGCAGUUAAAAGUUGAUUUGUUUUUUGUUUUUAAAUCUGGUAAACUGAGUGCAUCUGGUGUGUCACUUAAGAGGAGGGGAAUAAAAAC